GUUAAAUAUUUAGACAAGAUGGCGAACAGUGGUGGAGGAUCAGGGCCACCUCCGAUGAUGAGACCACCAGCUCCAUUUCCAAUGGCAGGUCCCCCGGGAUUUAUACCGCCCCCGGGGCCAGCUGAUGGAGCUGUGCCUCCUAUGAUGCCACCAACAGCCCCUCCUGGUUUUAGUGCAGGAGGAUUUCCACCUAUGAUGCCACCACCAGGUAUUGGCAUGCCACCUUUUCCAGGGCCAGGUAUUCUAAUGGUUGCUAGCGUACAACAGGUAAAUGAUGCUGCAUCCAGCUCACCGGGACAGGUUGAUCAAAAAACAGAAAAGAAGUCACCAUGGACUGAACAUAAAGCCCCAGAUGGAAGAACUUAUUACUAUAACAAUGUAACCAAGCAGUCGAGCUGGGAGAAGCCAAAAGACUUACAGACUGAGACAGAGAUGUUACUGGCAAAAUGUCCAUGGAAAGAAUAUAAAUCAGAUACAGGGAAGGUUUACUAUCAUAACUCUGUCACCAAGGAAUCCAGGUGGACCAAACCUAAAGAACUGGAGGAAUUAGAAGGUAGUUUCGUUCGGAACUUUAGAGAAAGGAAUGGUGCGUUUAUUGAAACAAUUAAUGAUGGAUCUCUUAUUAGAACAGUCACAGUCUGAGGUAGAGGCAGCAUUUACACGUAUAGCUCAAAUUGACAAACUUAAACACCUCAACGAGGGGCUACGACUGUUUUUGAGACAUUUUCUCGUGGGUAAAAAGAGCGAGACUAAAAGUGCGAAACUUAUCGAAAGAGUUGAU